UAAAGUUAUGUUGCUCUAGAACUUGCAGGAAGCAGGCAGCAAAUUGUCCCGCAGUUUUACAGAAGUUGUAGACGAAAGCAUUUGUUUUUAUUGUUAUGCAACAACUUUAAAAAUGUAUUGAGUGUUGUGAAAUUUAUUUUUGUGUUCAGCCAGCAUGGCUUUAAAGUGGUUAACCAUCUUCAUUGUUGUCAGCAAUUUAAGUACAGUAUAUCUUCACUCUAAAGUUGUUUAUAAACCAACGGAAUUUCCAUACUCAAGAUGCUAUGGAAAUGAUGAAAACAGAGUUACCUGUGAAAAACUAAAUAUCACUAAAGAAAGACAAGAUAAAGAGAGCAAAUGGCCACCAGGACCAUAUGCUGUACCAAUGUCAAAGUAUGGCUGCCCGGAGUCACAGACUCGGGGUUGGUUUAAAAGCUUUAUGAAGGGUAACAUGACAGGAUUAAGUAACGAUUCUGAAAGUAACUUCGAAGUAUCGGACUACUUCAAGACGCCAUUUCGAACAAAAACAUUUUCGCUAUAUUUUUGUGUGAAAUUCCGAAAUGAUUCCACACUUGAUACGGAACAAUGGAUUCCAGGGAAUUACAGUAUUUAUAAGAUCGGACCGUCGUGUCCUAAAGAAUUUGAGGACUCCAACAGAACACUUCCUGUAACUGAUGUUGUGUUGUCUGGUCAUGUUCCAAAUGUUGAAGUACUAGAAGGGCAAUCGGAAGAGUUCAUCAACAUUUCAACGUGUAUAAGAAAUAUUGUUAACAACACGGAAGACAUUCAGUCGAAUGUAACAUUCAAAAUGUUGGAAACUGACUUCAUUCUUGAAAAGGACCCAGAGGCAAAUUGCUCCCAGUUUAACGUAUCUACAGUGAUUCCGGGACAAACACAUUGUUUUUACAACCCAAAAGUCCAGCAAUUUAAUUACCGACAGGCAACAGAGUUGAUUCUUCAACAACAAUAUCUCUCCAAAUUUCAUCAAGAGACUGAUUUUGAAUUGUUCUUCAUUGACUGUCAACAUUCAUUUGAGGUCGUUAUGAUUGAAGUCACUGCUUCAAGUUUAGAAAAUAAGUAUUUCAAAUGUUUUGUCAAUGAUGCACCAUGGAAUUUACAGGAAUCACCACUUUGUAACAUUGAAAACGGUACUCUUCCUGGAAUAAUAUAUCUAAGGAGAACACGUGGUCGGUUUUUCCAAAAUUUAAACAAUACUAGUAAUAAACUGUCUGAGUUUAGGAUAUUUCCACCUGAAAAUUGGUGGAAUAUAGAUCAAGUGUUUGUACUUCCGAGACCAAUCAAAACAAGAUACGUAAAAUUCAGUGAUUCAUUUGAAAAGCCAGUUAACCAAUCUAGAUGUCUUAUUUUCAAAUUGUUUGGCUGUAAAUUGACACGUAAGUAG